AUGGCUAUGGCGGCCACGAUUGCGAUCACAAAUUCGACGAUCGAGGUGAUGAGGGAUGACGGCCAUGGCGAUAAUUAUGCUGAUGUGGAUGGCCUUUGUCAUGACUGUCUGCUUGUUCAGCGUCAUGAGGACGAUGGUCUGGUUUGGUUGAACACCUAUGCUUGGCCCGCCGACAUCAAGCGGCGUGCGGUUCAAAAGCUUCUGCAGGAGUUGCCGGAAGGCUCACAGGUUGUGAGCUACGAGCCACUUCCGACGGAAGCCUUAAGCUUUCAGGGCCGGAACCUUCACCUUCAGACAACCGUGAACCUGGAGGCAUCUUGGGAUCCCGACCUGACGGCGCAGGUGUAUCGCCUGGAGGAAGAGAAAGAGACCGAUCGCCCACGUUUCGGCCGGGGAUUUAAGUUCCAGAGCUUUUAG